AGUCACCUGACCUGGAUUUCCGUCCGUAGACAGCACAUGACUAGGAAACGGGGAAGUGUUUUGCACAGCCAGAAGAGGACUAUUGCUGCUGGUUUCUUCGGAGGCGGAAUUUUCCCAACAACAUUUCACGCUUUUAUUGGCCUUUAAAGGCCCCAAACAGCACUCCGGCGCUUCUGUUUUAUUUCUGCCGCAGAAAUGGCCCCGAUUCGAUUAAAUCUGUGGACGUUAUUGAAUUUUAGCCUUAUCUGCGUCACUUUGUUGUUUAAUAGCCUGUCUGUUGUGGCUACAAUGUACAGGAGACCUAACAUUGUUUUGAUUUUGACCGAUGAUUUAGACGUUUCUAUUGGUGGCAUGGUUCCACUUAGUAAAACAAGAAAGUUAAUAGGAGACGCGGGAAUCGUCUUUACAAACGCGUAUGUUGCCAGCCCGUUGUGUUGUCCAAGUCGUGCCAGCAUCCUGACGGGGAAGUACCCCCACAACCACCAUGUCAUCAAUAACACACUGGAGGGCAACUGCAGCAGCCAGGCUUGGCAGAAGAGCCAGGAGCCCUUCACCUUCCCCGCCCUGCUGCAGAAGAACUACUACCAGACCUUCUUCGCUGGCAAAUAUCUUAACGAGUACGGGAACCCAAAUGCAGGAGGUGUGGAACAUGUACCUCUCGGCUGGGACUACUGGUUUGCCCUGGAAAGGAACUCCAAGUACUACAACUACACCUUGUCUGUGAAUGGAAAAGCUCAGCAGCAUGGACAGAACUACAGCCAGGACUACCUGACAGACGUGUUGGCCAACUGCUCAAUAGACUUCCUGCAGUACAAGUCCAACUACAAGCCCUUCUUCAUGAUGGUGUCCACCCCCGCGCCCCACUCGCCGUGGACAGCGGCGCCCCAGUACGAGAGCACCUUCCCCAACACCAAAGCCCCACGGGACCCCAACUUCAACGUCCACGGCAAGGAUAAACACUGGCUGAUCAGGCAGGCCAAGACUCCUAUGUCCAACUCUUCAGUCGAGUUCCUAGAUGACGCCUACAGGAAAAGGUGGCGCACUCUGCUAUCAGUGGAUGACCUGGUGGAGAAGCUGGUGAAGAGGCUGGAGAUGAGGGGAGAGCUGGAGAACACCUACAUCCUGUUCACCUCAGACAACGGAUACCACACAGGCCAGUUCUCUCUGCCCAUGGACAAGCGGCAGCUCUAUGAGUUUGACAUCAGAGUGCCCCUGCUGGUGAGGGGACCAAACAUCAAGCCCAACCAGACCACUCCGAUGCUGGUGGCCAAUGUGGAUUUGGGUCCAACCAUCCUGGACAUUGCUGGGAUUGACUACAACAAGACCCAAAUGGACGGCAUGUCGUUCCUGUCUAUUUUGAGUGGGCAGGGGAACAGUAGCAGCUGGAGGACGGACGUGCUGGUGGAGUAUGAGGGGGAGGGCAGUAACGUGACUGACCCCUCCUGCCCCCUGCUUGGCCCUGGAGUCUCGGAAUGUUUCCCUGACUGUGUGUGUGAGGACUCCUACAAUAACACCUACGCCUGCGUUCGCACGGUCUCCCCUACUGCCAACCUCCAGUACUGUGAAUUUGAUGACAACGAGGUGUUUGUGGAGGUGUACAACCUGACGGGAGACCCGUUCCAGCUGACCAACAUCGCUAAGAGCAUUGAGCAGGAGGUGCUGGAGAAGAUGAACCACCGCCUCAUGAUGCUGCAGUCAUGUUCCGCCCAGUCCUGUAGAACUCCAGGAGUCUAUGACUCACGGUAUAAGUUUGACCCGAGGCUGAUGUUCAGCAACCACAGUCCCCGCCUCAGAAAACUCCGACAGACGCUCAAGUAAGAGAGACUGAAGAAAGUAAAGGGAAAAUGAGGGUGAUGAUGAUGAAGAGGAGGAGGCGAGGAAGAUGAAACUGGAGGCAUUGUUUCUCCUCUCCUCCUGCUGUUGUUGCCUUGCGUCUCGAGCCCACUCCCAAUCCUCUCCAUCUCUCAUCCCCCCCAUAUCGAUGUUCCAUCGCUCUCUCUGUCUCUCCCACUCAUCCCUUCUUUUCUGUGGGGGGUCAGAGGUCAAACCCAUACUGGGUGAGGAUGUUGUCUGAGGACUGGGAAUGUAAUCACUGGAGACACUUUUUAAUGAGAACAGCGUGGCCUUCUGUCUCUGUGUGUGUGUGUGUGUGUGUGUGUGUGUGUGUGUGUGUGUGUGUGUGUGUCAUACCCUACUGACACCAGUCAUCUUCACGCCGAGAGACACCAUCAUCUGUCACAGGUAAUCAAUUCAGAGCAAACUUGAGUUUUUAGUGUCUGUUUUGAGGAUUAUAACUUUGUUUUGGAGUCCUAUAUUUUCACUCAUGACCUGGUAAUUGAGUGUUCUGUGUUCUGUGUGUUGAAGCAUAUUUGCUGAUUUUAGUUGUUUAAUUUUAUUUAGUUUAAUUUCUGUCCAAAUUUAAGCUUGUGUCCAAAGGGGAUCGAGUGGUUGCAUCAAUUAUGUCGUUGUGGUAUUCGACAACUCCUCCACUCUCAUUUCCUGCAUAGUGAAACCUGUCAGUCUUUUCAACAUAUGUGUAGACUUCAUAGGUGUACAUUAUGACGAGUGAAACUAAAAUAUCUUGAUUUAUUCAUAUUAACAUUUUUGUUGGAUCAAGGCCAGAGGCACCCGUAGCUUCAGCAAUAGGAUAUCUGAACUGUGUUCUCUCGAAUGUCCGUCAAGUUUUAUUCACGCGCACACACACACACACACACAAACACACACACACACGUGAAAUAUGGGCAGGUCUUGUAUAUGACCGUCAUUUGACCACUGGCGUGGCAGGGCUGUAUCUGAAAGCAAUGACGGUAGAAAUAACCCAAUCGGAGGGACUCUUGUCCAAUCAUGUCGGAGGGAAUCUUGUCCAAUCAUGGCAGAACUGUAAAACUUGGUGAAUAACGUACACAGACACAGAUAUGCUUUAGUUUAGACUUUAGGUCCACGAUCAUUUUUCUUGACUGUCACUAUCUCUGCAACCUCUUGUGGUUACAGACACUUUGAACUUUGAGCUGUCUCGUGAGCCAAAGCUGUAAAUCAGACUUCAAGGUCACGGUUAUGAUGUUCUCGUCGUUUGGAUUAGCUCUAGCCAGAUGAAUGAUGACGUUGCUAAAUGUGAACUGAAGCAUAGGGCAGAGGGCGAUUACUGCCUAAAAAUGAAACAAGCUGAUUUUAUUAUGAGGGAUUUGCAUGGGAGACCCGGGUUGUUUGAAAAAAAUAGAUAAAUAAAAAUAAAUAAACGCCUCUUCCACACUCUCAUACACACGUGAGCAAGCAAGGCAAGCUGCUUAGGAGAAGGGAACUGUAGCACACUAUAGACUGCUCUGAAGAAUUCACCUGAGAUUUGGACUAAUUCUGUCUGCGCCUUGGCCUCCACUAAACGAUAGGCGAGCUAGGUUCAGAGGUCGCCCAGACACUGGACAUGUGGAGAGGAGAUUACAUCGUGCCUUUUAAUAUCACAAACGAUUACAAACGCAGUUACAGUGGGGUCAUUGAAGUCCUCCUUAUUCCCACAGAAAGAGGUCCACAAACCCACACAUUGAGGUGACCCAGUUCAUGUCACUAAGGCACUUUUGCAGUCUAUUUAGGAUUUACAGACGGUAUUUUGCACGUUAGAGUUUUCCUUUUCCUCCGGUUAUCAACAGUAAUAUUUUUUGUUACAGUCGUGUAAAUAAGUACAUUUCUGGCUUGUGUGAUUGAUCAAUAAAAGCAAUGUGAAAUUUA